AGCAGAACUCGAGCCAAAGGCGGAUGAGAAAGGAUCGGCGAUUGUUUGCAGACGACAUUUGUAUCGAUUGCAGUUGUUUCUGCUUUCUAAGCACUUUUGAUGAGAUCCACCAUUCAAGCCAAAGCAGACGAAGUGUUCAGUCGGAUACAGUGAAAGUGUGUUGGAUGCAACAUUGGGCACUGUAUUAAUUUGUUACCAUUAUUUAUAAUUGGAUUGUGAAAAAGUGCAAAGAAUGGCAGACAGCCCGCAAACCCCUCCAUCACCGAAUAAAUCGGAUGAGUCUCCAAAAAGCUCGAUCCAGGUAGUUACUAGUAAAUCGGCAGGUUCAGAUGACCGUAAAAUCGAGGUCAAGGUCUCGCCACUGGGUGACAAGAAUGUUUCCAUAGAGAUAAAGAAAGGUCAAGGUGAAAAUGAAGACAAGCAAGAUGAAAAUGAUCCAAUACAAGUGAAACCUAUUACUGACGAAGAAGUAGAAGAAAUUGUGUCGAAAUAUAAGUCAAUCGAUGAAAAGGACCUUAAAAAGUAUUUGGACUUUUUCUGGUCAGUGGAUGAGUAUAAAUUUGGAGCGUUCACCGUCCAUCAACUAGCGUAUCGUCUUGGAUGCAGCGGUCAUCGUUUGACCAACCAACAAAUUGCGAGGAUGUUCAGUGACCUUGACCAAGACAACGACAUGUUGGUAUCCCUGGACGAAUUCCUUACAGAUAUGGCCAAACCGAAGAGGCAAACGCUCUCGAAGUCCGAACUGAAAGUCUGGUUCGAUCGCUUCGAUACUGACCACGACGGUUAUGUCACGCGCAAAGACAUCAUGGAAACAGUGGAAUCCCUCGGAGCGUACAUGCUAACCCCGCACUUGGACGAGUUCAUGAAGCAUGAUAGAUCAGGGAAUAUGGAACGCCUUGAUUUCGAGGAAUUUUGUUUUGCUUACAAGAUGUCACCGCAAUAAAUUAAUAGUGAAAUUCAAAUUUAGAUAGUUUGUGUAGUCUGGUUGUUUUGACUGGCCGUGGAGAAUUUAAUGUUUAAACGCUUUAAAUAUUAAGAGCCUUUAACAGAAUACAAAAACCGUAUGAUAAUUGCAGAAUACAUAGCAGCAAUUAGCAGUACAAUAUUUUAUUAAGCUUAUUUUGGAACGUAAAAAACAACAGCUGGUCAAAGGAGUCGAACUAUACAGUACAUUAAUAAUAUCGAUGAAAGCCAACGGUUCUAACUGACAUUUAAUACACGGCAGAUAGAACAUGUUAGCUUUAUCUUCUAGAUGUAGCACACGGAUAUACAUUAACAGUAUUGUUGUUUGGUGAUAUUGUAUGAUUCUUUGGUCGAAUGUUCUGAGGCGAAUGAAAUGUACAAGUGCGAGGGUACAACGUGGACGUUAAGUUAGCUAUGGUUCAAAUAACCAAACGAGAAUCUUGCCUGGGAACUAGGCGAAGCCGGGUGUAGGUUGACCUAGCAUUUCUCAUAUUUCUUGUAUAUCUCGAAUUUACUUUUGCUUUUCAAGUUUUUUAAACAGAAUACAUCUUGUACUUAAUAUUUCAAAAGCAUCA